CCUACCUCGUCAUUUCUUAACUUGUUAAGAGCCGUGUACGCAUCGAGUCGGGCAGGCGAGCCCCAGCAAUAGCCAGAUCGUCAAGAAGCCAAGGGAUGAACCUCGUCUCAUCUGUUAACUUUGUCAACGUUAUCCCCUUUUAACCAUAACAACUUUAAAACAUCACAUGGAUUCCAUAGACUAGACCCUGCUAGAAGUAGCAUUGGCGCGAUGCUUAAUGCACCAACACAACGUCAACCAGGCGUUUUAGAGUUUCAUCAUUUUCAUCAUUUUAUAUAAUACCUAAUAGCCGACUCAUCUCCUUAUUCAAUCUUCUCUAUCGUAGGCCACGGGCCUGUCUUCUCUGGGACAUGGCUAUCCUCGGUAUUGAUCUCUCAAGCAGAAAUUCUCGACACUACGCACCCGAAAUUGCUACCAAACCUGCUCUAUAGUACGAUGCUGAUCUCUUUGUGGUUAUUGUACUUAACAGCCACCAUCGUGGCAGGGUCCCCUCUAGCGGAUCAGUAUCCUCUCCGAGAACAGAACGAUGCUACGACUGCUGAUCACAUCUCGAAUGGCCUCUUCGCAUCUCUCGAGCGUCUCUCCCGCCUAGUCGACAUAACUUACUGCGUCGGCACCACUGGCAUCACGCCGCCCUUUUCCUGUGCAUCUCGAUGCAAGGAAUUCCCAACCCUAGACCUUGUCACGACAUGGAACACUGGAGUUUUGAUGAGCGAUAGCUGUGGCUAUAUUGCUAUAGAUCAUGGGACGUCGCCAGGCGGGACUGAUAGCGAGGGCGAUACCGUGGGUAAUAGAAACCAGGGGGCAAUCAUCGUCGCAUUUCGUGGUACCUAUAGUAUAACGAAUACCGUUAUAGACCUAAGCACGAUUCCCCAGGAAUAUGUUCCAUACCCAUCGCCAGAUCAAAGAGGAUCUGAACCACCUGAAGAAUCAAAACAUACUUGCAAGAAUUGCACGGUUCAUAUGGGUUUCUUGGCAUCGUGGAGGAUAGCCCGGACCGUCGUUCUGCCAGCACUUGAACCAUUACACGAACAGCAUCCCGACUACCCGAUUUACCUUGUCGGUCACAGCUUAGGUGGCGCCGUCGCAGCGCUCGCAGCGUUGGAGCUCAAAGUCGUUUCUGGCUGGGAUGACAUCAUCGUGACAACUUUUGGCGAGCCGCGGGUUGGAAACGAUGGAUUCGUCAAAUACCUUGAUUCAGUUUUCGAUCUUGGCGGUAUAGAGAAGCAAUACGAGGCACAAACAUAUCGGCGGGUAACACAUGUGGACGACCCCGUACCGUUGCUUCCACUGUCGGAGUGGGGAUAUAGAUCUCACGCCGGCGAACUUUUCAUUACCAAAUCCGAUUUGCCUCCCGAACCUUCGGAUAUUCAGCCAUGUACAGGGGAUGAGGACUCUCGGUGCAUCGCUGGUUCAGUUGGGGAGCCGCUUAGGACGGUUGGCCAAGCCCUAAUUAAGGAACGAGAACACGAUGCUAUUAUGUGUAUUAGUGGACUCUGGGAUAUUCCUAGCCGGUUCAAAUUGUGGCAAUUGUUCUUUGCGCAUCGAGACUACUUCUGGAGAUUGGGUUUGUGUGUUCCCGGGGGGGAUCCUGUUGAUUGGGGCAGGGACAAGUAUCCUAAUUUCACUACUAGUGGUGAGCUAUGAGUCACAGAUGGGUAACACGCUCUGUUUAAUCCGAGAUGAGGAUCGGGUUUAUUUCUAGCGUCUAAUCUGUUACGGUGAUCGAACAGAAGGAGUCAAAAUUGAUAAUGCGAUCAGGAAAAGAAAUAUUAAUUAAAUUACUUAUGUAAUAUGAAAUAAUGCUUAAUACACGUAUUGACACAUUUAAAGCUCGUAUAUGAAUGUCACUACUAUUCAAUAUAGUCGAACGUUAUAAUUAGAAAUCGUUAAACUAUUUCGUACGCUAUUGAGAAAUUUAAGGGACCAAAUCUUUAAAGCGACCUUUGACUAGUUAGAUGUUGUUGGGUUACCAAGUACGGCAAUGAUCACAAUCUACGGGCCAGGGGCUACAUGCGUACAAUCAGACCUGGAAAGAUAUUCGCAUGUAAUACCUAUUAUGAGGCUACG